GUAGGUUUCUUCAUAGGAACUAAGUCUAAGAUGAAGUUAUGGGAUGUUUUGGCCACAUGUUUGUUGCUCCUGAGCUCUGUAGCUACCCGGCCUCUUUACUCAAACACUCGCCCAGCCAAGAGGACUUAUUUCCCCAGCAGCAGUGAUUCUGUGUCCAUAUCGGAGGAGGACAGUGAAGAGGCGAAUUUUCAGCCUGAACAGCACAGUCUACAUAAAAUCGCAAUGGAAGAUCAGAAUGACAUGAGAGGUCCGUACCCAAACCACCUGGAGGAUGUGAUGGAUUUUAUUGAGGCUACAAUCGGACGACUUCGGAGGUCCUCUGAGCCCGGUGGAGGCAGCAGAGGUCGAAGGGAGCGACAGAGAGGAGCAGCAAACACAGGCAGAGACAGAGAGGGGAAAGGCCACAGCGACCGGCGGAGGGGGCGGUCCCGGAGCCGAGGAGGCAAAGGAGGGCGCGGGGACAAGAACAGGGACAGGACCACGGCAGUGCAGGGCCGGGGCUGCCUGCUCAAGGAAGUCCAUCUCAACGUGACGGACUUAGGCCUGGGUUACCAGACCAAAGAGGAGCUCAUUUUCCGCUACUGCAGUGGGCCUUGUGUGGACGCUGAGACCAACUAUGACAAGAUUCUCAACAACCUGACACACAACAAGAAGCUGGACAAGGACACACCCUCUCGCACCUGCUGUCGGCCAAUAGCAUUUGACGAUGACUUGUCCUUUCUGGAUGACAAUGUGGUGUAUCACACUCUGAAAAAGCAUUCUGCCCGGAAGUGUGCUUGUGUAUGA